AUGGAGUUAUAUCUCAGUAGUGUGAAUGCUACUGGAAAGAUACCUGAAUCAUUCUGUCAUCUAACUUCACUGCGUACAUUAGAUUUGUCUUAUUGUAAUCUCUCAGGGUCUAUUCCUAAACCUCUAUGGAAUCUCACCAACAUAGAUUAUUUGGUUCUUGCUUAUAACCAUCUUGAAGGACCAAUUUCUGAUUUCUUUAGAUUUAGAAAGCUCAGUUUGUUAUCACUUCGAAAUAACAACUUUGAUGGUCAACUUGAGUACUUAUCCUUUAACAGAAGUUGGACGCAACUUGAAAUGUUAGAUUUUUUGUCCAAUUCCCUUACUGGUCCAAUUCCUUCUAAUGAGUUCAAGUCUAAAACAUUGAACAAAGUUUUUCUAAAACAAAAUCAGCUGCAAGGCCCUAUUUCAAAGUCACUCCUAGAACAGCAGCUCCUACAAUAUCUUCUCUUGUCGCACAAUAAUAUCAAUGGACAGAUCGCUUCAACCGUCUGCAAUCUGAAAAUACUACAAGUGCUAGAUUUGGGCAACAAUAAUUUGGAGGGAACAAUCCCACUAUGUUUGGGUGAGAUGAGUGAACUUUCGGUUUUGGAUUUAAGCAACAAUGGUCUUAGCGGGACAAUUAAUACUACUUUUAUUAUUGGAAACCCAUUAGAGGUCAUUAAAUUGCAAGGGAAUAAGCUAGAGGGGAAAGUCCCGCAAUCAUUGAUCAAUUGCAAAUAUUUUAUAGUUCUUGGUUUAGGUAACAAUGAGUUGAGUGACACAUUUCCUAAAUGGUUGGGAGCCCUGCCUUAUUUGCAGAUUUUGAACUUGAGAUCAAAUAAGUUCUAUGGCUCUAUAAAAGAUUCAAGGACUGAUAACUUGUCACAUACCAGCAUCACUGCACCAGUUAUCUGUGAUCUCUCAUCCAACAAAAUCAGCGGAGAAAUUCCACAACAGCUUGCAUCCCUCACAUCACUUGAAGUCUUAAAUCUCUCUCACAAUUAUCUUGUUGGAUGCAUCCCCAAAGGAAAACAAUUUGAUACGUUUGAGAAUAGUUCAUACCAAGGGAAUGAUGGGUUACGUGGAUUGCCACUCUCAAAAGAUUGUGGUGGUGAUGAAGGGGUACCACAAGCAGAUGAAGGUGAAGAAGGAGAUUCAGCAAUUAUAAGUUGGAAGGCGGUUCUCAUGGGUUAUGGUUGUGGACUUGUCAUUGGAUUGUCCAUAAUAUACAUAAUGCUUUCAACUCAAUAUCCAGCAUGGUUUUCGAGGAUGGAUGUAGAAUUGGAACACAAAAUUCUUACGAGAAUGAAAAAGCACAAGAAAAGACAAUAG